AUGUCAACAACAGAGAACACAACAACAGUUAUAGUCCAUGAAGCUAUAAAUGAAGAAUAUGAGUACAUACAAUAUAACAAACAACUCCGUCUCAUUCGUUCGGUCAAAGACGAUAUGUACCAAAUGCAAAGUAUAAUGAACGCUCUUCGUUCUACAAAGCAAGCAUAUCAUUGGUUUGAAAACCAACAGACAAAAGAACUUUUAGAAGAAUUUCCUCAUAUGAUUGCGUUCCUCGAAAAACCGAGAGAAGAGAUUCCGUACGAAAAUCGUGAAAAAUUGCCAAACGGUUUGAGAGGAUAUUAUGUACAUAGACUUCUUGUAAAUGCUGUUGCAAUGUGGGCUUCGCCUCGUUAUGCUUGGUAUAUUUACAGACUUCUUGACGAAAUUCAUAGACAAGAACGUGAAGAGAUGGAAAACAAGCUUGAAGCAAAAGACAAAAGCAUUCAGAAAAGAAUACCACGUUCGGUACCAAAAGGAAAGGAAAAGAACUAUAAGUAUAUGAUUUAUACUGAAGAGAUGGAAAAUGAAGAAGAUAAAGAUAUGGUUAUGUUGCAUUUAGUCAGAAGAAACAACAAAAGCUUUUACGACCUUGCUAAGAUUUACAAAUCUGACAGAAAUUGGUUCUAUCGCGAAAACUUACCGAUUUCAAUGACCCCAAAUGAAGAUGUGAAACAAAUAGUUCAAGAUACGUUACCUCAAACACACUAUGAUAUUAAAGGUUGUACAAUUCUUACAUUCAAAGAAGAUUUGUCAUUGUUAAAGGAAAAAAUAACAGAGUAUUUUGACAACUUCAAACAAGCAGAGUAA